GCGUGUCUGCAUAAUUUGAGUUGUGUGCAUCAAUGAUUUAGCCCGAACACCCUCUCUUUUUACUCUGCGGCUGUUGGGUGGAGGAGCAAUCCGGGACGAGGGCGGCAAGACAAAAUUUGGCUCUAAACGAAUCAACUGUCCCAUUAUAUACUGCCCGGCCUGGAGAUGCAAAUCCCGGCGUUGUUCUGGUCAGUUCUUCUGUUCCUUAUACUUUCAAUAUCGCAAUGCGCUGUACCGAAAGCUAGAGUUACUGACCCUAAACGCCAAUCAAAGGCUUCCCCAGCACAAGACAAGGUGACCCAUAAGAUCAACCCUGGGCAUCUCCAUCCAAACCAACACCUCAAUAAAGACACUAAGCAGCCUGGUAAAACUGAGCAGAUAAAGAGGUCAAAUCCUGGAAAAGUAAGGCAAUCUAUUCCAGGAAGAAAGACCCUGGCUGUCGAUGCAAAGAAUGUCCGGGAGGUAUUAAAGCCAAAAGCCACUAAAAGUGUCAAAAGAGAUCAAACUAGUAAAUCGAAAAAGACGACAGCGACAAAGAAGAGACCAGUGAAAGCGAUCAAGGAGUUUCCACUGAAUGAGAUCAUGUUCAAGGGCAAGUCUACAAAUGAAGCUAACCAGUUCAUCAAGGCGAAUGACAAGGUCGGCAAAGCAAUGGAGCUUGUGUAUGAGCAUGCGCGCGAGCAAGAUCUCAAUGACAUCGAACAGAGGCUACAGCGGCGAAACCAGGAAAUAGCCUCACGGUGACAUCACCACGAAACCCGCGGGAUAGCUGUCAGCCUCACGGUGACAUCACCACGAAACCCGCGGGAUAGCUGUCAACAUCCUCUCCUUCCUCGUCUUCCCGCUUUCGGUCUCCUUGGCCCUGGGUCCCUGAGGAUGUGCUGUCAACAACUGUAAUAGGACGAUACGUAUUAUGGGACGAGGAAUAAUAGUGUUUAUCUCCCUUGGUAAUCAAAAAAGUACUCAUGGAUUGCGUCUUUGAGCAUGUCCUCCAGUGGUAGAGUUUCAUUUUUUAUGGCCAUCCAUUGGUCUAAUUCUUAACACCGUAAAGAGUUGUCUUGUUAUUAUGUAAGCCUUGAAUAUGAAUACGAGAGUGAGGGGAGAUUUAGAGUCUCGUUCAAAACGUUACGGAUUCAGCGUCUCGCCCUAUUUGUUAUCCAGGUAAUUAUUAGGCUCAAUUUCCAGCUCGUCUCUGUGAGCCUAUCGACGGCUGGAAAAAGAGCCUAGGUUUUUAUAAAAAGCGCACUUUCCUCUGGCAGGAUUACGUGUACCUUGAUGCUGUUUUUAUAUAAAUAUAUAAAAUAACAGGAAUGCAUACUUCUUGAAUCUAGAGUUAUUUCUGUACUAACGCUGUUGGGACAUGAUCUGGAAUUAAUAACGUAUAGUGGUUAUUAAAUGGAGUAUUUUACUUUCGCUAA